UGCAACUCGAAAUCAGAACGCCAACAACAAGAGGAAGAGGAUGACAACAACAAUCUAACAACACAUCAGCUUUGUGUUACGAUAGCUAGCUAUAUAGAUUUAGCUUUCUUUUGAGAAGCGACAGCUAGCUAAUCUAGCUAGUAGGUGUUGCUGAAAAAUUUAGCCAGGAUCCUUUGGAAGUGCGUACCUUCAGGAUCUUUGUGUAGCAUCCAGGCAUCAAGCCCUUCUUCCUCUGUGGGCCCGUCUUCUUCUUUAUCUGGCCAUGGGAAACAAGCGGCAGAGAAAUGAAAAUCAAGAUGAUAAUGAUAUUACUGCGACGAUCAAGGAUGGACGGUAUCGAAUAGCCUUUGUCUGUGACUUUUUCUACCCCCGUUUCGGUGGGGUAGAAAUGCAUAUUUGGAGUUUAUCUCAACAUUUGAUCCGUCAAGGCCACAAGGUGAUUUUGAUUACCCACGCCUAUGGCAAUCGCACGGGGGUACGGUAUAUGGGGCCCGCGACAAACUUGCUCAAGGUGUAUUAUUGUCCGAUUAUCCCCAUGACGGAUCAAGAUGCCAUGCCUUCCUUUACCGCCACGCUACCCGUGAUAAGAUGGAUUUUGCUGCGAGAACAAAUUCAAAUUGUGCAUGCGCAUCAGGCUACCAGUGUGCUGGCCAAUGAAAGUGUCGCCUAUGGAUCCGCCAUGGGACUGGCCACGGUUUAUACCGAUCACAGCUUGUUUGGAUUCAAUGAUGUCGCUUCCGUUAUCCUGAACAGGGUGCUACAAACAAGUCUUUCUACUGUCGAUGCCGCCAUUUGUGUGAGCCAUACUUGCCGAGACAACCUAAUUCUUCGGGCCCAUUUGGAUCCCAAGAGGGUGACUGUCAUACCAAAUGCCGUAGAUCCUGCAAAAUUCACACCAGAUCCUUCACAACGAAGCAAAGAUCGCAUCAAAGUUGUUGUCGUAUCUCGAUUAGUCUUUCGAAAAGGCAUUGAUCUGUUGGUGGGAACCAUCCCCCGUGUUUGUCAAGAACUGGAACAAGUCGAUUUCAUCAUUGCAGGAGACGGCAAUAAACUACUGGAUCUCAAAGAAAUGGUAGAACGAGAACGACUGCAGGAUCGAGUCGAAUUUUUGGGUGGUGUGCCACAUGCACAAGUCCGAAGCGUCUUGGUACGAGGACACAUUUUUCUCAAUUGUUCCUUGACGGAAUCGUUUUGCAUAGCCAUUUUGGAAGCGGCCUGCUGUGGAUUGCUCGUAGUGUCGACACGAGUGGGUGGUGUCCCAGAAGUGUUGCCACACGACAUGGUCUUGUUGCCACAACCCAACGUUCCUGCUAUUGUAGAGCAUGUCAAGCUGGCCGUGGCAAAACAAGCGGCCGUGGAUCCUUGGCACAAUCAUGAACGACUCAAACAAAUGUAUUCCUGGCAUUGGGUGGCAGAACAGACCGUGGCAGUGUACGAUGAAAUCAGCCUCCGGGGAGAACGACGAUCGCUAUGGGAUCGGUUGGCAUGCUAUGGCAAGUUGGGUGGAUUUGCGGGAUUCGUCGCUUACGUGAUGGGGUUGACGUUGGAACUGUGGCUAUGUUUGGUGUCGUGUUGGCAACCUGCCGAGCUGAUUGAUGUGGUUCCAGAUCUCAACAUGACGGCACUGACAACAUCGGAGAAGAACAAACUGCAAGCUUUGUCGUCGUGAAGUGAAAAAAGGGAAUUGCUAAACUAGGAAGCACCGUUUCCGGUGAAGUUGAGCCCAGCCACAAGGCAGCCUAGUACGAUAGUGCCGGUGCGGCAACAGUUGCUUCCUUUUCCCUGCUAGUACUAGCUAGCUACUCGAGGCUUAGCAGCAAAGCUCAUCCUCUCCGCUUCAUCAAUACCAGUACUGCCUGCUAUGAAUACUUGACCCCCUCCAUGAAAGUUCUAGGAUCUGGUACGUUGCCAUUGAAUUUGGCCCCUCGAAAAUCGAAUCCAGGAUUUUCUUCCUGGAAUCGUUCCAGCAUCAUUUCUUGUUGGACUUGCUGCUUGGCCAUGGGAUCAAGUGUGGCAGUUUGCUCCUUGGUUUUCUUACUGCCCAUCAGUGCCACAUCCCAUACUUCUGCCUUGUUGGCCUUGGCCAAGUAAAUGACUAACAUUCCAUCUUCCAGAGUCCACGUAGAUUCGGAGACGUCCACAGUCCCAAAGGUGUCUUCGUCCAUAAAGUACUUGCCCUGUUGUUCGACCAGUUCUGUGAUUCCCAGUUGAAGAUGCCGUGGCGCAAUUUUGCAAUGAAUGCGAUUUCGGGGCACCGGGGGUGCCUGGAUGUACAGGAUGACUUCUUCCAAAUUUUGUUCCCAUUCAUAGACUGGUUUUCCAUUGUAUUCGUACACGUGGCGGCCAGUCUGCGGGUUCUUGUAGAUGCGAUCGCUGGAAGGACUUGGUGUGGGUUGUUGCGGCAGGUGGGAGCUGGAUUGUGCCGAUGGUUCCGCUGGUGCCGCUGGUCGACUAGCGACACUGGCCUUGGUCACCUCUUCUUCGUCAUCAGAGCUGCACUCCAGCUUGUCGAACUUGGAAUAGUCUGUUAGCUUGCUCAUUAUGCUUGUUUCCUACCGUAUGCUCUCACCCUGGCCGCUGUUGUGUGUCAUGGUCGACUGGUCGACAGCUUCUUUCGUCGCCUGUGACUCGACUCGACUCGACUCGACUCGACUCACUCGACUAGACUUGUGGGUUCUCGGUAGCCAGCAAGGCUGAAUAAUCAAAUGUGCGCCAAAAGUGUAAGGUAAAGGAACGUUAUCGUCCUAUGAGUUGCUAAGUACCAUACGGCAUGCUCGGACGCACCGCCUCGCAUCAGAAUCGCUCACAUUUUUUCUUCGAUCGAAGAGU